ACUAUUAUUCUGCUAAAAUGGAGAGUUACUUGGUUCCGUACAAGCCUCCUCCUGAAAACCCUAAACAGCUCAAUGUGAGGAAUCGAUGGAAGAGGAGCGUAAUUGAAUUGAACGGCAGGGUUGAGCCCAAGUAUCGCCACGAUCUUUCCUACUUGCUCAUGGAGUCGUACUGUGAGAUUGGGAAAUUUCCACAUAUGUAUCAUUUUAAUGGACAGCAGUGUCGAACUUUUAUGAGUAAUGUUGGUGUCAGAAAUGGUGCAGCUGUCUAUUUCCACGGACUACCAAGAAAACAAGGCAUCUCCGCACUGGACUUUGACACGAAGGGAGUUUACUUGGCAUCAGUUACGAGAUCGGGUUGCCUAACAGUGCAUGACUAUGAAGCUCUAUAUUGUCUGACUAAUGACACUUUGCCAUGCCUGAGGGAUGAUGAAAAUAAACACUUACUGCACAUUUCUUUGCAUCAACAACUCGAUGCUGUUCGAUGGAAUUUGGCUAAUCAAGAUGAGGUCGCUUGUGCAUCUACUAAAAGUAAUGAAGUACGUAUAUUUCAUAUUGGUUACAUCACAUCUGAACCAAUUGAAGUCUUAAGAACAAGGCGUGAUGUCAGUGUUAUUGGGUCUUAUUUCCAGAAAGGUGUAUCUGAUAUUGCCUUUACAGCAACUGAUGAGUCAAGGCUAAUUGCUUCUGAUACGCAUGGGGUACUUAAUAUAUGGGAUAGACGAAUGAGUGAUCUUCCGUGUCUUGAGCUUACAACUAAUUCUCGUAGCACUCUUAAUAGCAUCCAACUACACGCAGAUAAUCAGACUGUUUUUGCGGCUGGUAAGCAUGGGAGUAUAUAUAUGUGGGAUCUUCGUGGAGGAAAAGCAUCUUCUGCCUUUCAGAAUCACAAUGAAGUAGGUUGUCCACCUCUAACAGCAUUGGUGUUAGCAUCAAUGCUAAAGAAAAUUGGGUCUUUUAAGGCACAAUCCAAUAUUGUCCCACAGGAAAUACAUUCUAUUGAUUUCGAUCCUAGUUGCCCGUACCAAUUGGCUUUCCACUUGGAAGAUGGUUGGGUCGUUGUUCUGGAUAUUUAUAAUUUUCAAGUUACCCAUGUUCAUUGCCCCCCUCCAGCUUGGUUGUAAUUAGUGGAUGAAUUCAACAGUUCACCUGAUGUAUUGCAAUCGAGGAAACCAUCGUGGCUGCCUACAAAUUCUAUCUAUGUGGUUGGAUCAUCCUCUGACCAAGGCAUUCAUCUUUUAGAUUUCUACCCAGACUCGAGCUCCCCCUGCCACGUGGACUACAUUGAGGAUACAAAGCGCUUAUCUGAGAGAAACAAGCACAAAAAGCAAAACAGGUUUAUUCCACUAUCAGAAGGUGUUACUGCAUGUGUCGCUCAUCCUCUCAAUGGUACCAUUAUAGCAGGAACCAAGGUCUCAUCUUUGCUGAUGGUGUCCCAGCAGCAGAACUGUGAGAGUCAUUCCGAGACUGAGCAAUGAGGUAGACAAAUAGAUGCUGGGGAUAACUUCUGGAGCCCGAGGAAACUGAUAAGGUGAUGAGAGUUUGCGCUCAUAAUGAGCACCAUAAAUUAAGACAGUAAUUGCAUAAUACCGAGUUUGUCGUUUUAGGUACCCCAUGGGAGGCAAAAGGUCCUCAUCCUGCUUUCUUGUAAAGUAUUAUUAUUCCGCCUUCAAAUGCUACGAUAUAAUGGUAACAACAAUAAAAAGUUUUGAGAUUAUUUAGCCUUAAGACUACUUAUUUGCAAACUAUACAAGCAAAUAAGACAUUAAACCGAAAGCAAACAUUCUUGCAUUCAUUUGAUAAAAAGGUACAUUCCAUAUUCAAUAUUCACUUCUAUCAUUUGCAAUUGCAAUUAGUGAUUU